AUGCGAAAUUAUGAUCUCCUAUGUAGUCGAAUUCAAUCUCGUUACAAUCCUCUGAAACGUCGUAUUAGUUUACCAGCUGGAACCAGUGCAAAAUAUGUUCAAUCUGUUUCAUAUGCAUUGGAUUUUCAUUGUCAAGUGGAGAAAGCGAAUAUCGUACCUCCAUGCAUGCUGAAAACGAAAUCGAAUUGGCACGACCAAACUGAACCAUUGAAUCGCUUGAAAUGGAUCUACGAGAACUCUUUAUCGUCAAGACAUUCUCGUCAAAUAUUUCUUCUGACGGCUGGCAAAGUGUCUAAUGUUAAUGAACAAUUACGAAAAGCAUUAAAAUCGUAUAUAACUGUUGUGAAAGUCAAACUAACACCUUUCUAUGCAAACGAUCGUAUAGUUGUUUACACAUUAGCAAAUGGUUUAGCAAUUUGGCGAAGCAAAACUCACACAAAUGCCGUAGUCAAAAUGAGUAAAAUAUUACACAGCAAAAAUAAUCCUACUACGGCAAGUGAUGAUACACGUGUAACAUUAAUUCGCGAAUCGUCAAUCAUUGAACAUCGUGUAAAAGUACCAUUUCUUCUUAGUGAUACCUUAUUAACGAUUCUUCUUGGUAUUAUCGCUCUAUUAUUUAUUUUAAUUAUUUUCUUGACAAUUCUAUAUGCUCGACAAAAUGUGCAGACAAUAAUCAAACAUACAUCUGCAGUACACAGUACUAGCACAACAUCCGUCGAAGAUUCAACGUCUACGACACUUGUUCGGCCUCCACAAAUAAUACAAGAAGCUGCUUUUUCAAAAGCUGUGCACAUCGAAGAGGGUUUCGUUGCUGCUGCCGAUGAUUAA